CUGAACUCCAGUGCCAGCUAAGACCCGGUACGUUACCCGACUCUGCGCAUGGAAACUGGACCUUUUGUGCUCGGCAAUGUACUUAUCUGUGCUUCGUUGUUUCUGAUCGUUUGACUGUUUACUUGUGGGACAACCGAAAAUUCGGCAAAAACAUCCGCUUCAUGGAGCCGGCGGCGAUGGGCAGUGGAAACAACACUCUGUGGGACACCAUGCUGAAUGGGCACCCCGUGUGCAACGACUGGAAGCGGGACGUGGAGGGAGCGGUGUACCACCUGGCUAAUAUUUUUCUAAUCUUGGGCUUUAUGGGGGGCAGCGGCUUUUACGGGUUGCUCUAUCUGUUCUUCUUCCUGGCACUGGGUUUUCUCUGCUCAUCCAUCUGGGCUUGGCUGGACGCUUGUGCCGCUGAUAUAUUUUCCUGGAAUUUCACGCUGCUGGUGAUCAGCGUUGUGCAGAUCGUCCACGUCGCCUACCAGCUCCGCAGCGUCUCUUUCGAGCAGGACUUCCAGGAGCUCUAUGCGCGCCUCUUCCAGCAGCUUGGGAUACCCCUUACGGUAUACAGAAAGAUCGUGGCGUGCUGUGACGGCGAAGUGAGCACUCUGGAAAAGGAUCACUGCUACGCAAUGGAAGGGAAAACUCCCAUUGAAAAACUCUCGAUCCUGCUGUCAGGAAGAAUCCGCGUGACAGUCAAUGGCGAGUUUUUGCAUCACAUUUACCCGUAUCAGUUCCUGGACUCUCCUGAGUGGGACUCUCUACGGCCAUCGGAGGAAGGCAUCUUCCAGGUGACUCUACGAGCAGAUACACCCUGCCGUUACGUGGGCUGGCGGCGCAAGAAACUGUACUUGCUUUUCGCGAAGCACCGCUACAUCUCCAAACUAUUCUCAGUGCUCAUCGGCAAUGACAUCGCAGAGAAGCUCAUCUCUCUGAACGACAAGGUUUUUGAGCGGGACGGAGUCCGAUAUGAUCUCAGGUUACCCAGCUUCUGUCACACGCGCCUUCCCGAUUUAGAGCGCACCUCGACUCCCGUCACUCCCCGCGGCACCUCGAGACAGAGUAUUCAUUCCAGAAUGACAGCAUCUACAGACAUGGCCAAUGUCUCCCUGCCUACUUUCACUCCAAGCAUUGCACAAGAUCACAGUGGGGUUGCGUGUGAAAACUGGAAAGAAGUCCACCAUUUGGUCUUUCAUCUUGCCAAUGUGUGCUUUGCUGUUGGCCUCGUAAUCCCUACAACACUAAGUCUUCAUAUGAUCUUUCUACGUACUUUGCUGAUGAUUGGGUGUGCCCUCUUUGUCGCCUGGGCAACUCUCUAUCGAUGUGCCUUAGAUAUCGUCAUUUGGAAUUCUGUCUUUCUUCUUGUCAACUUCUUGCACUUUUUAUACCUGGUGUACAAGAGGAGGCCAAUCAAAAUUGACCGGGAGUUAAAAACAGUCUACAAAAGAUUGUUUGAACCUCUUCAUGUGCCUGCGGACAUGUUCCAAAGACUCACAGGGCAGUUCUGUGCCAUCCAAACACUUAAAAAAGGCCAAGCUUAUGCUGCAGAGGACAAAACUUCAGUUGAUGAUCGGCUGAGUGUCUUGCUGAAGGGGAGAAUGAAGGUAUCAUAUCGAGGACAUUUUCUGCAUAAUAUUUACUCGAAUGCCUUCAUUGACUCCCCAGAAUUCAGAUCCACUCAGAUGAACCGUGGGGAAAAAUUCCAGGUCACCAUUGUAGCAGAAGAAAACUGCAAAUUCAUAUGCUGGUCCCGUGAAAGACUAACAUAUUUCUUGGAAUCGGAACCCUUUUUAAAUGAAGUGUUUCGAUAUCUUAUAGGAAAAGACAUCACAAAUAAGCUGUACUCCUUAAAUGACCCAACACUGAAUGAUAAGACAGCCAAAAAAAUAGACCGACAGCCAAGUCUUUGUUCCCAGCUGUCAAUGAUGCAGAUGAGAAACAGCCUGGCUAGUACAGGUGACACUGAUGAUGUCCUAAAAGACUUUCUUCGUGGUGGCUCCACGGCAUCCUCUAUUCAUAAAUCUCCUCACACAAGGCCUUCUACCAAAAUGAAGCCCAUUGAAGAAGGUAUAGAGGAUGACGUUUUUGAAUCUGAUGCACCAAAUAAGAUUUCACCGUCAAGAUUAGAAGCAGGUGAGAGGACCUCUAGUGGUGAAGAAGCAUAACCAAACAGAAACUGGUAUAUUCACCUUCAAGGAAACUUCCAGAAGCAGAGAAUCUUCAAAUGUAUAAUGCUGAGGACUUGAGGAAAUGUCAGCUAUCAAAAGUGUCUAUGAUUUUUGUAAGAGUACACAUGGAAAUGUGGUGAAAGGCAACUCGCUAUUGGCAUUAAUUGAAUGUGUGCACCAGUAUAUUAUAAGAUUUGUCGUGUUGUUACUCUCACAUCUAGUUAAAGUAAUGAUUUUCUGUACAUUGAUCACUCAUUUUUUUUCCACAGUAUUGCCUAUAAAUUCCAUUUUGGUUUUGUACACACUUCAGGAUGUCAGAAGGGUAGAAUCAUUUGGAGAACGUUUAUGUUAGACUUUCCAUGAAACACACAGCAGUGAGAUGCUAUAAGAAGGCAGUGAUCUCAGGGUGCUGCAAACUGGUAUCUGACUUAUUUGAAGGGCUGACUGAAACUUGGAGAUGGCCACUGCCACAGUUUUUCAAUAGGCAUGUCAAAAUUAUAGAUUGGUUGUCUUCAUAGCCUGUUUUUCAUCAGCCAAAAAUUGACUAAUAUCUUUGAACCGUAAUUUAAAAAGUGGCAAAAACUCAAACUGCUGUAAAUUCUGACAGAAUCUGAAUCCAUGUUUGUGGGCAUUAGCUCCCUAUCACCUUCAGUAUGUGAGUGACCUUCUGGAUGAGAAAAUAACUAGACCAACUAAAUAAAAGAAUUUUGUUAAAAAUAGCAAAAUAUUCACAAUUUGGGUGCCAGAGUGGUUAGCAUAAAUGCUUCACAAUUUUAGGUAUCUGGACUGAUCUUCUAGGCGUUUGUAUGUUCUCCUCAUGUCUCUGAGGGUGUUCUCUGUAAACUCCAGUUUCUUCCCACUUUCCAAAGAAAUGCACAUUUAAUUAAUUGGUAAUUGUAAAUUACCAGAAUGAGUGAGUGUGCCCUGUGAUGACAUGGUGUCUGCCUGGUACCAGAAGCUGCUGAUGUAGGCUCUGGCUUCCUGUAAUCAUAUACUGGAAUGGUGGAUUCAGAAAAUUAAUUUUUAAAAACAGGUCCUGCAUAACAAUAGAUGGAGGCCAAAGGCUUGAUUUAUGAGUAAUGCUUUAGCAUUUAGUUAAAUAUGAGAUUGGGGGUCGGUGACCUAAAACAUCAUUAAAUACCAUUUCUGGACUCCAUGCACCAGGUCAAUAUUGGUGGUAUAAAGUCUGCACCCGUUGUGAACAAGUUAUUGUGAAUUUUGAUUUCAAUGCAAAAUGCAUAAAUGCUAAAUGCUUUUUGAAUCUGAGACAGCAAGGCAGCAGAUAAAGUUUAAAUAUACUAUAUUGAAAGAUAAAGCAUGAGAGCUUUUAUGUUAUGUAGGUUUGAGGACAGCUUCCUUUCUCCCUGUGGAGAAUAAAAAAAUUAAGAGAUAAAAUGAGCUUCUUAUUCUUGACCCAAUUCUCAAAUGGGCAUACCCUAAUAGUAGACUACCAACACAUAAUUAGAAUCUUUGUAAAACGUGCCUUACUGGUAAAAUUAUGAAUAUACUUUAUUCUGAAAUGAUUAUAGGUGCUGCACUUCAUUCUGAUGAAAUGAGGUCAAAAAAAUGGAAGCACAUUCUUAAAAUAAUACCCAACCAUUUUCCAGUCAUCCAUUUAUACUUUCUUCUAAAGCACAUACAGGAGCAGCAAAAAUAAAAAUUUCUAUUCAUUUUUAAAUUGUAAUAUUUGGUAUGUCUGAAGGAUACUGUUGCAUCUUUUAAUGUUUUUAAAAUGUGCCUUUCUAAAACAAACCUGAAAUCUCACAACACCUGCAGAUAAGGUGUGCAUUUCAUAAUAAACAAAAGUAGAGAAUAUAAGAGCAAAUAUGUUAGUUUUUUUUUAUUUUAUUUUAUUAUUUUAAGAGAAAUGCAGAGCAGUUUUGUGCAAAUCAAAUUAUGGACUGGCACUCCAUCCAGGGUUAGGCAUCAGCUUGCCACAACCCCAAAGUGGGUAAAUGUGUUAAAAACUGGAUGGAUGGGCAAGAUAUUGGAAUAAGAUUAAUUUAAAAAUGUACACAUUUUUUGUAUUUGUUUAAACACAAUAUAUAUGUUACCCUACAUCAAUGAUCGUAGUGAAAAUUAUAACUACAAUAUACCUUUAAGUGGAAUCUGAAAGAGAAUCUGUUCCACAUCUUGUUGUUUUUAAUGCACUGAAUACACUGAAUGCAAAUCCACCAUUUCACGUAUGCUGUGUUUUAUGACCAUGCUUACCAACCAUGUUGAAUAAAAUCUUUUUUUGUUUUUUGGAAA